GCGGGCCCGUUCUUCCGACCGCCGGAGCCACGCCCCGGGCACCGCCGCCGGCCGGGCUUCCCCAGCAGCUCGCCUGAGGGAAAGCGCGGGCGCCGCUCGCGAUCCAUCGCUUGCGGCCUUCGGGCGCCGUCGGAACUCCGCGCCCGCAGCCCCUUCCCUGCCGAAUGGCGCCGAGGGCCCAGCCCCCCGACGGGGGCUGGGGGUGGAUGGUGGUGCUCUCGGCGUUCUUCAUGUCGGCGCUGGUGUUCGGGGUGCUGCGCUCCUUCGGCGUCUUCUUUGUGGAAUUUGUGGCGGUGUUCGAGGAGCAGGCAGUGCGCGUCUCGUGGAUCGCCUCCAUAGGAAUCGCGGUGCAGCAGUUCGGGAGCCCAGUGGGUAGUGCCCUGAGCACGAAGUUCGGGCCCAGGCCCGUGGUGAUGACAGGGGGGAUCUUGACUGCCCUGGGGAUGCUGCUCGCCAGCUUUGCUACCUCCUUGACCCACCUAUACCUGAGUAUUGGCUUGCUUUCAGGCUUUGGUUGGGCCUUGAGCUUCACUCCGACGAUAGCCUGCCUGUCGCGUUACUUCUCUCGCCGGCGAUCUCUGGCCACAGGGCUGGCACUUACUGGAGUGGGCCUCUCUUCCUUUGCCUUUGCCCCUUUUUUCCAGUGGCUGCUCGGCCACUAUGCCUGGCGAGGGGCCCUGAUGCUGGUAUCUGCCCUUUCCUUACAUGUGGUUGCCUGUGGUGCUCUCCUUCGCCCACUCUACCUUACUGAGGAUCCUGCUGUGGGUGGCCCUGGGGUCCAGCUUGCCUCCUUACUUCACCAUGGCCCCUUUCUUCGUUAUACUUUUGCUCUCACCAUGAUCAACACUGGCUAUUUCAUUCCCUAUGUUCACCUGGUGGCCCAUCUCCAGGACCAGAAUUGGGACCCACUUAUUGCUGCUUUCUUCCUCUCGGUGGCUGCUAUUUCUGACCUUGUGGGGCGUGUGCUUUCUGGGUGGCUAGGGGAUAUAGUCCCAGGGCCUGUUGCACGGCUGACGGUGUUCUGGACCACCCUUUGUGGGAUAUCAAUGGCCCUGUUCCCUGUGGCUCAGAGUUUCACAGCCCUGAUGACUUUGGCGGUGGCCUACGGAUUCACAUCAGGGGCCCUGACCCCAGUGGCCCUCUCCAUGCUGCCUGAACUGGUGGGGACUGGAAGGAUAUACUUUGGCCUGGGACUGGUGCAGAUGGUAGAGAGCAUCGGGGGGCUGCUAGGGGCUCCUCUGUCAGGCUACCUCCGGGAUGUGACAGGAAACUACACAGCUUCUUUCAUGGUGGCUGGGGCCUUCCUCCUUGUGGGGAGUGGAGUUCUCAUCACCCUGCCCCACUUCUGCUUCUCAGUUGCUACCUCCAAGCUUCAGGACCCUGUAACAGAUGCAUUGGAUACCAAAGCCCCCCUGCCCAAGGAAGGGCAGUCAGACCCGGGAAGUCAGAGUCUGGCAGUACCAGGUGUCCUGACACAUUUUGGUGCCCAAGGAACUACAGAGCCUUAAACAUCUUAACCCAUGUCCCCCAGAGCAGGCCUGGGCUUCCUGUGAUGUGUAUGCCAACUCUUGUACAUUGUUGAGACUCAUCUGUUUACUGUCACCAUCCUUCCUGAAGAAUUCAGGAGAUGGGUUAAAAUUCAAAGGUGAAGAGAUUAUUCUACAUAUUCUACAGUGCUC